CACGUGGUAACGCUCAAUGCUAAUGAUAGGGCUGGACGUCACCUCGCUUCCUCACCCUGGCAACGGGUUGGUGACUACUUCCGGUGCUGUGAGGGCUCGGGGCUGACGCGGGGUAAUUCUUCUCCUGCAAUUACUUUUGGAUGGAAGUAUGCUCUUUUUCCAAUAGAAGAUGGUAAACUUGGAGAAUGACCAUGGAGAAGGGGAUGAGUUCUGGAGAAGGGCUGCCUUCCAGAUCAUCUCAGGUUUCAGCUGUUAAAAUAACAGCCAAAGAACUGGAAACAAAGCAGUCCCAUAAAGAGAAGCGAGGGGGCUUUGUGUUGGUGCAUGCAGGUGCAGGUUAUCAUUCUGAAUCCAAAGCCAAGGAAUAUAAACAUGUAUGUAAACGAGCUUGUCAGAAGGCAAUUGAAAAGCUACAGUCUGGCGCUCUUGCGACAGAUGCAGUGACUGCAGCUCUGGUGGAACUUGAGGAUUCUCCUUUUACAAAUGCAGGAAUGGGAUCUAAUCUAAAUCUCUUGGGUGAAAUUGAGUGUGAUGCCAGCAUAAUGGAUGGAAAAUCCUUAAAUUUUGGAGCUGUUGGAGCACUGAGUGGAAUCAAGAACCCAGUCUCAGUUGCGAACAGACUCUUGUGUGAAGGGCAGAAGGGCAAGCUCUCAGCUGGCCGAAUUCCUCCCUGCUUUUUAGUUGGAGAAGGAGCCUACAGAUGGGCAGUAGACCAUGGAAUACCCUCUUGUCCUCCUAACAUCAUGACCACAAGAUUCAGUUUAGCUGCAUUUAAAAGAAACAAGCGGAAACUAGAGCUGGCAGAAAGGGUGGAAACAGAUUUCAUUCAACUAAAGAAAAGAAGACAAUCAAGUGAAAAGGAGAACGACUCAGGCACUUUGGACACGGUGGGAGCUGUGGUUGUGGACCAUGAAGGGAAUGUUGCUGCUGCUGUCUCUAGUGGAGGCUUGGCCUUGAAACAUCCAGGGAGAGUUGGGCAGGCUGCUCUUUAUGGAUGUGGCUGCUGGGCUGAAAAUACUGGAACUCAUAAUCCCUACUCCACAGCUGUGAGUACCUCAGGAUGUGGGGAGCAUCUUGUACGCACCAUACUCGCUAGAGAAUGUUCACAUGCUUUACAAGCUGAAGAUGCUCACCAAGCGCUAUUGGAGACUAUGCAAAACAAGUUUAUCAGGACCAUGGACUUGAUUAUAAAGGUUGGUGCCAUCACAGAAUUGGGAGCUGCUGAGAUAUUCACAAUAGGUUCACCUUUCCUGGCCAGUGAAGAUGGUGUGCUUGGAGGAGUGAUUGUUCUCCGGUCUUGCAGAUGUUCUGCAGAGCCUGGCUCCUCCCAAAAUAAGCAGACACUUCUAGUGGAAUUUCUGUGGAGCCACACGACAGAGAGCAUGUGUGUUGGAUAUAUGUCAGCCCAGGACGGGAAAGCCAAGACUCACAUUUCCAGACUCCCUCCCGGUGCGGUGGCAGGACAGUCCGUGGCAAUCGAAGGUGGGGUUUGCCGCUUGGAGAGCCCAGUGAACUGAACCUUCAGAAUGAGCACGAAGCACCUGAGAGGCAUUUCAGAACCUGAACUUUCUGGUGUUUUUAACUGAAGUUAGAUGUUUUGUUGUCUUCAUUUUAUAAUUCCUAUUGCAACCUUGUGCACCACUGGUGACACUAGUGAUGCUAUAGUUAGUGCUUAGUGACACUCGGGCCUUUGUGGGUGAGUGAGACUGAAUGAGUGUGUGUGCGCACAUGCUUGCUUCUCCCUUGAUGAAACAGAAACUUCUCCUUAUUGUAUAACUUAAGACCAGGAAUGAUUAAAUCAUAUUUACAAAAUGUGUGCUUUAACUGUUUACAAGUCAAACCUAAAGUUGCAGGAAACAUUUUUUAUUUCAUAAAGAGGUACCAACUGUCGUUAAUGUAAUGUGUCUGAAUUAAAGAGUAAAUUAACUUGUUGAAGUGAUUUGACAGUGGUAGUGCUCCAUUUAAUAACAGUAAUGAGUAAUAAAGUGUUUUUAUUUGUUAACCAGUUUAAGUGGAUACUGUGUAACUUAAACUGUUAUUCUCAUCCCUUAUAUGGGGCUUUUUUUUUUUUUUAACAGAGAAUGGUUUCAGUGAAACAAUCUAGCAGAGAAUUAAGGUCAGAACCUUUUUAAAAAAUAGUCUUAUUGAUAAAGUUUGUACUUCUUAAGCCUUUCUAAGCUUAAAUAUUGCAUAGCUUCGAGCUGUAUGUACUAUAUUAUGAAAGAAUAUGUAAAGAGAACAUACAGUAAUGCACAGUCCCUAAUUUGUGUAUAAUAGAAUGUUAUUUACAAUGUAACACUGUAAAUAAGAAAGCAAAAUUUAUUGGAAAAUUCAAUAUUUGUUUCUUGUUUAAAUAUAUUUUUAAGGUAAAAGCACGAAAAUAAAAGAAUCAUAUUACUGGG